AUGGCAAGGUCAUUAUCAGACGCACCUUCGUCGUUUUAUCCAGCUGGCUACCCUAACAAGAUAUCUUCGCCCUACCCAAUGUCGAACGAUGAGUUUAAACGUGAACGGCUACACUUACAACACAACUUGGUUAAAUGCUCAUGGAAAGGAAAUUUUAUCGCACCUGUUGAAGAAAAGUUAAAGAACGGAGCAACGGUUCUUGAUGUAGGAUGCGGCCCUUGUCUAUCGCUUCUUGAGCUUUCAACAACAUAUCCGAAAUCAAAUUUCAUCGGACUAGAUACAGCAACCCCCAGAAUGUUUUCUCGACCACCAAAUCUCUCUCUUCUUACUCACAAUGUUUUCUCUGGUCUUCCGUUUCCCGAUAAUCACUUUGACUUUGUCUAUCAGAGAUUAAUUGCUUCAAACCACACGAUCGAAGAAUGGAAAAUAAUUAUGAAGGAGUUAGUCAGAGUUACAAAAACGGAUGGGUGGAUCGAACUUAUUGAAAUGGAUGGCAUAAUUUGUGGAGGUGGACGGGCAACAAAAUCGUUGAGUUCGGCAAUGAAAAAUUAUUUACAAUCAAAGAAUAUGUAUUCGGCGAUCGGACCCCACUUGCAAAAUCUGCUUUUGAAUACAGGCGGGUUAACUGAUAUUGACCAUUUGUCUGUGGACAUACCGAUUGGGAAAAAAAAUGGACGAUACGCUGAGCUGGCUUUACUCGAUUUUGCUUCAAAAAUGAACUCUUUGAAAUCAACAUUAUUAACACAAAUGGACAUUACGAAUGAACAUUAUGAUGCAUUAAUAGAAACGUUAAUUUAUGAGGCUAAUAAGCAAAACGUGUAUUGGAAAACUCAUAGGGUUAUAGGGAGGAAAAAUUCAUAA